AUGGACCUCCCCCAAAUCCCGCUCCCAAACCCGCCACCCCUGAUUCAUCCAAAACCGUUUACACCCACAGGCUACGCCGCCUACGGCACCUGCAUCACCUCUCCUCUCCCUCCCACGCUCCAAUCCUACCCCUCCACCAGCAGCAAUGGCACCGUUCCCCAACCCCGCUACCCAAUCCACCAACCACAACCUGAACCCGCAAACUUCAACACCGCCCUCAAAACACCAUCAAUCUCCCCAUUGAUCAACAACUACGCCCACUCCUCCUCCCCCGGUACUGUCGUGCCGCAAAUGUCAAUGUUCAGCACGUUUCCCCGACGCCCUCCACCUGGUAAAUCCACGAACGACUGGACGAUCAGGAUAACCCACCUCGAACGCCACCCCUACACCUCCCAAACAUUCACCCCCCUCGGCCUUUCUCCCAAUGACCCAUCGACAUACUACCUGGUCGUCUCCGCCCCAACCCUUCCCAACGCCACAAUCUCAGGCGUGCGCAACCCGCCGGACCUCUCGCGGCUUGAGGCAUUUGUAGCACGCGGCGACCAGGCAGUGACGUACGCGCCGGGGACGUGGCAUGCGCCGAUGAUCGUGGUGGGCGAGAGGAGGGUGGAUUUCGUGGUGGUGCAGUUUGCGAAUGGGGUGGGUGGGGAUGAUUGUGAGAUUGUUGAGUUGGGUGGUGGGGGUAUGGAGGUCAAUAUUGAGGGAGCGAGUGGUUUGGGAAAUAACGGAAGAAAGUCGAAGUUGUGA